UUGAUUUCAAGCUAUUUAGGCUGUGACGACGAUAAGUUCAGUGACGCUGAAGUCGAAGCGUCCGAAGCUGUCGAAGAGACGGUCUACGUUCCGUCAAAGCAGGAUGUCGUUCUGAUGGUCCGACCCGGCAUGGACUUGUCUAAGGUCGUACUGCCAACGUUCAUUCUGGAACCACGAUCAUUUCUGGAAAAGUUGGCCGAUUACUACUACCACGUGGACUUGCUUGCCGAUUAA